GAGAUUCUUGAACUUUGAUUGAACUCUUGAGAUUGAGUUAAGUUCUCCUCCUACAGCUUACCCCCUAGUGCGUCGAAAGCCAUAGCGUCGCGAAUACUUCAUCAAUCAACGUGAUUCAAAUUGGGAACGAAGAGUAAGGCCGAAGUGACCUUUGGACCAACCAGCUGCCGUGCUAAGCUUGGGAAGAAGGUGCUGUGGAGUCUGGAAGAGGAGACCAGCUGCAUCAAGGACCUGUGGCAGCUGCCCAUCAUCCCUUGGAAUGGGAAGACUCCAACAGCAGCAACGGCAGCAGUGGCAAAGGCAACAGCAGGAGGAGAUGCAACUGCACCAACUGAUGGGGUGCUGGAAGCAGUCAAGAAAGUGCAGAAGCAGCAGACACAUGGUGAGGUGCUUGCUGGUGUGGAUGCGAGUGCGGCAUGGGCUAAGGCUUCAUCAAGGAGUGGAGAGGCCGAUUGGGAGACAUGGCAUGAGAGGUUGUGUCAUGUGAACUUCCCUAUGCUGCAGAAGUUGGUGAAGAAUGGGAGCCUGAAGGGCUUGGAGGUGAAAGGGGAAGUGAAGGAGAUUGGGAGCUGCCCUACAUGCUUGGAGACCAAGUUCUCCAAGUUCCCCUUCAACAGUGCAACUGGACCAUCCAAGACCCCACUUGCACUUGUGCACAUGGAUGUGGUGGGGCCCACAAGAGCCCCUUCCCUCUCAGGCAGCCGCUAUUUCUUGACAAUUGUGGAUGACCACACUUGGGCAGUGUGGGUUUACCCUUUGAAGAGCAAGGGGGAGGUGGCAGCGGCUGUCCUUAAGGAGUGGAUGCCGAGAGCUCAGAGGGAAUGCGGACACAAGGUGAAGGUGAUCCGCAGUGACAAUGGUGGGGAGUUCAUUGGAGCUGAUUUUGAGGGGGAGUUGAAGAGGAAGGGGAUCCAACAUCAACUGACAGUGCCCUACAACCCGCAGCAGAAUGGCGUGGCUGAGAGGUUCAACAGGACCCUGCAGGAGGGGGCACGCACUCUCCUUGGGCGUGCAGGGCUGCCUGAUCCGUUUUGGGUGUCUGCACUGAGGCAGGUCGCCCUUGUGAAGAACAGGGUGCUGGCUACAGUUGGAGAUAAGGAGUGGAUCCCAUAUGUCAAGUGGUAUGGGAGUGCUCCAGCUGUGAAUAUGCUGAGGGCAUUUGGGUGCAUGGUAGUGUUUCAUGUGCCCAAGGAGAAAAGGGGGAAGUUGGAGGCUUCUGGAAGAUGGGGUGUGCACUUGGGGAUUGCAAAGGAUCACAAGGGGUGGCUGCUAUGGGACCUGACCACCCAGAAGUUGACAGUGUCAAGGGAUGUGAAGUUUCUUGAGUCCCUGUACUACAAGGAAUGGAAGCAGCAGCAACAGAAGCUUCCAUCUACACCGCUCAUUGUGGAGGCAGAUGAGGUGCAGCAGCCUUCAAGACAGGUGGAGGUUGCAGUGUCAGAGGAGGAGAUGUCUGGGGUGACUGAGGAAGGGGGAGCAGCUGAAGUAGAGCAGCAGCAGCAGCAGCAGCAUGAGUCUCCACCUCGAGUUCCACACCCGCCUGAGCGUCCUAGGAGGGAUGUGCGCCCUCCAGUGAGGCUGACCUAUGGGGGAAGAGGCAAGCCGAAUGUGGUGCAGGCUGGGAGUGUGGUUGAGCAGAUUGAGGAAGAUGAGAUCGCUCACUGCUACUGGGCACCAAUCCCUGAGCCCAAGACUCGAGAAGAGGCCUUGAAUGGACCAAAUGGGGAGAAGUGGAAGGCGAGUGAGGAUGAGGAGUUCGGGUCCCUAAUUGAGAACGAGACAUGGGACCUGUGUGACUUGCCUCCUGGAAAGAAGGCAAUCACUUCCAAGAUGAUCUACAGGCACAAGUAUGGACCUGAAGGGGAGCUGACCCGCUACAAGUCUAGGCUUGUGGCACGGGGGUUUCAGCAGACAAAGGGGAAGGACUAUGAUGAGGUGUUUGCUCCUGUGGGGAAAGGAACAACACUGAGGGUGCUGUUGGCGAUAGCUGCACUCCUGGGAUGGAAGAUUCGGCAGAUGGAUAUUGUGACUGCCUUUCUGAAUGGGAUCAUUAUGGAGGAGGUGUACAUGAAGCAGCCAGAGGGGCUGGAUGACGGGAGCGGCAGGGUCUGCAGGCUGAAGAAGGCCAUCUAUGGCCUUAAGCAGGCGCCUCGUGCAUGGUAUCACAAGUUGGAGGAGGCGCUGUUGGCUGGGGGUUUCAAGAAGAGUGAGUGUGACCCCAGCCUGUUCCUGCUGCAGGAGAAGGAUGAAAUCCUCAUGCUCUUGGUGUAUGUGGAUGAUAUCCUUCUCUUUUCUGCAUCCACUGCUUUGCUGGACAGCGCAGAGCAGAUGCUGGAGAUGCAGUUCAAGUGCUCCAAGAUGGGUGAGGUGAAGUACUACUUGGGGAUGCACGUGGAGAGAGAUGUGGAAAAGGGUGUGCUGAGGUUGCACCAGAGGAAGUACUGUGAGGGGCUGGCUGAGAAGUAUGGGCUGCAAGAUGGGGGAAAGCCAGCAACACCACUACCUUCAGGGUUUACUGUGGAGCCAUGUGCUGAUGAGGAGGUAGUGGGUGAUAGUGACAGGAAGCUGUUUCAUUCGAUGGUUGGGUCGCUGAAUUAUGCUGCAAAUCAUACACGGCCUGACAUUGCAUUUGCUACAUCACGAUUGGCUAGUGUGGUCUCACGCCCUAGUCAUGAGCAGCUGGAAGCGGCCAAGAGGUUGGUCCGCUAUGUGAGCGCUACGGCAUCAGUGGGAUUGGAGUACAGUGGAGUGAGGCAGCGGUUGCAGAGAGGUGCUGCAGAUGUGAAGAGUGGAGAGAUGCUCUUGAGUUGCUAUACUGACGCUAGCUUCAACUCAGUGAAAGCGGAUGGCACCAGCAUUGGGGGUUAUGUGUGCUUGCUAGGAGGUGGUGCUGUGAGCUGGCGCAGCAAGAAGCAGAAUGAGGUGGGAUUGUCCUCAUGUGAGACUGAGUACAUGGCCUUACACCAUGGGGCCAAGGAAGUAGUGUGGCUAAGGCGUUUGUUGGAGGAGUUGGGAGUUGGUCAGGAGAAGCCGACAGUUGUGUUUUGUGACAAUGAGUCCGCUGUGAAGCUCGCCAAGAAUGCUUGUCUGCAUGGGCUGACAAAACACAUAAGGCCUAAGUGGCAUUGGGUGAGGAGAAUCCUUGAUAAGGAGGUGCGGCUGGAGAUAGUGAAGACCCAUCAGCAGGCAGCAGAUAUUUUCACUAAGCGUCUGGCGGAGGCGGAUCAUUGGAAGGGCAUGAAGCUUGCUGGGAUGAGUGUGCAUUGAGUAUGCAUGCUUGAGAUGUGGUAUGGUC